AAGUGGGUCACAGAAAUGGGUAAACAAUAAGGUACACUAACUCAAAUGCCCAUUAUUGCUGUAAUGUUAACCCUAACUCCUUAAGAAAUCGAUCAUGGGUAUUUAAUUGGUAUUUGAUAUUAUUCAUUGACGUAUUGGGACAUUUUUAUGUAUAAUUAUAUUAUACAUAAUAACCAAUAUGGAGAAAUUUGGUUGAUGCACCUGGAUAUAUAAAGAUAUGGAGAUCCAUAAAGCUCUAUAUAUUAAGUGUCUUAAUUAGUUAAUUAAUUAUAAUCAUAACCAUUUGGCACUACAUUAAAUUAAGGCCAGUCCUAAAUGAAUGCAUGUGGCCCUUUAAGGCAACGUCGCCUCGUUCUCACGACAACGGAACGCGAUGCUCCAAAUUAGCGUUAUUGGCGCGAGAGAAGGUGGGACUUUCAGUUGCAUUGGUUUAACGGCGUGAGCGGAGAUGGUCUUCCGACACGAGGGAGAUCCGUUUUACAACCUUUUUCGGCUGCUUUUGUCCAACAUUUCGCCUACAAAAACAUAUUAUUCCCCCAUGUCGGUAUUAUUGUCGUUUCCUUAAUCUUCCCACUCCGGUGAGGCACUAAACGGCCGUUAACAACAAACAGGAAACAAGGGACCGGAAAUUGCUUUGCGAUAAACGGGCGUUCCGCUAUUAUUCAUGAUCCUCUCCCUGCUUGCGACGUACUGCAGCAGUUCUCGUCCGCGUCCCACCUGACGGUCCACAGCAGCUUCCACCGCUCCAGGGGCGUGCAGGCCGGCUUCCUCAGCAUCACAACACACGGUCGCGGAGGAAUGGGGGCCACCUAGCUCGUUAGGCACCAUUCUCACAGAGGAAAGCUCACCUCCAACUCCAACAUGGUGUCGUGGAUCAUCUCGAGGAUCGUAGUCCUCGCCUUUGGGACUCUCUACCCCGCCUACUCCUCCUACAAGGCUGUCAAAACUAAGAAUGUAAAAGAAUAUGUGAAGUGGAUGAUGUACUGGAUAGUGUUUGCGCUCUUCUCGACGGCGGAGACGGUGACUGACCUGGUGCUGUCCUGGUUCCCGUUUUAUUUUGAGCUGAAGAUUGCCUUUGUCAUCUGGCUCCUGUCCCCCUACACCAAAGGCUCCAGUGUCCUCUACCGCAAGUUCGUCCACCCCACCCUGUCCAACAAGGAGAAGGAGAUAGACGAGUACAUCACCCAGGCCAAAGACAAGAGCUACGAGACCAUGAUGCGCUUCGGCAAGAGGGGGCUCAACAUCGCGGCGACCGCAGCCGUCACUGCGGCAACCAAGGGCCAGGGGGUUCUCUCUGACAAGCUGCGGAGCUUCAGCAUGCAGGACCUGACCAUGAUCAACGCGGACGACGACCUGGGGCUGCGCUCCACGGAGGCCCGCCCCCGACGGGACCCCCUGGAGGACGGGGGUUCAGGGGCCAGCACGCUGCCACGCACCCGCACCGCCAGCACCCGGCGGGAGACCCGCUCCCUGUCCAUGGUCGUCCCCGACGACGCCUCCUCGCUGCACGGCUCAGACCAGUCGGACACGCGGACGGAGCAGUCGGACGAGGACCCCACGGAGAAGCCCCCCAAGCGCGCCGCCGCCGCCACCACCGCCGCCAAGGUCGUCAAGAAGCCCGCCGCCAGCAAGACGGAGACUCAGACCAAGGUGGUGAAGAAGACGACCAAGAAGAAGGUCGUGGCCGCUAGCGCCGAGACGCCCUGAUUGGACCGGC